AUGUCGCAUGAGGAGUGGGACAAGAAGAUGGGACGCCGCUCCUUCAUAACGGCUGACCGCAGAAGGCACCGCGUCGCCGCUAUCGACGCAGCGAGUCCACUACGGAAGCAAUUUGUUAGUGGAGUUGCGCUGCAAGGUUUUAACAUUUCUGUGUGUUCUUGCUGCAGAUCUACUACUAAUGCUAUUACUCCAGCAGCAUCCCAAGCACCAAAGCUCCCAUCAGAAAUUGUUGGUAAAUGUGUUGAGGAGAUUAUUAGGGACUGGAACAAUGGGCUUCAAGACCGUACUGCUAAGUUCCGGAAGCAUGCCACUGCCAUAUCUGAGUGGGACAGGAGAAUUCUGCAAAAUAGGAAUGUUCUUAUAAGGCUUGAGGCUGAUGUUGCCAAAGUUGUUGAAACACAAACAAGCUUGGAGAGGCAACUUGAGUUGAUAGAAACUCACCAGAAAGAGGUGGACAAGGCUCUACAGAGCAUGGAGGAGGAAGCUGAACGGAUAUUCCAGGAUGAGCGUGUCUUACUUCGUGAAGAUGAGGCUGCCUCUGCAAGAGAUACAAUGUAUGAGCAAGGUGAAGUCGUAGAGAAUGAAUUGCAACAUAUGACAGAACAAGUAAAAUCCAUCAUUCAGACCAUGAAUGCUACUCAGGGUGGUGAGCUAGAGGCAGCGGAUAGCAUGGCGCCAUUCGAUGUUGCUGUUCGGAUACUGGAUAAUCAACUGCGCUCUCUAAUGUGGAUUGAUGAGAAGGCGAAUGAGUUCUCAAACAGGAUACAGAGACUGCCCAACAAUAGUACUGUGGCUGAGCGCGACUCAGGAAUUCCAAGGUUUUGGUUAAGCUGAUUUGAUCCUGGAUGGACAUUGCUUGGUGUUCUGCUCAAGGGUGCUAGAACAUGCUGUUUCAGAGUGAAGGUUUCACCGUUCUCCCCUUUAUUCAGGUUCUCAUGUGACAUGUUGCUCUAACAUGCUGUACUGUUGUUGGUGAUGUUCUUUGGAAUUCAAACUGCUUGUCAGAUAAACUACUCUACUCUGCUUCGUUAACUGAUGAAAAAACUAUUCAUAACUAGCUUUUGCGUGAUUCUGUCCUCUUCAGACGAGGAAACAUAUGUAUGCGCCAAUUUUUUUUUUGUUUAUGAUUAAUUCUGAGUGUUUCCAGGCCAGUUUAGUUGAAAUAUGUAGUCAACUAUGAUGAGUCAGGUGGUUUUACUAACUGCUGUAUUGACUGCUGGGCUGUGCAUACUACAUAGGCAUAUGUAGGCAACUAUAGGGCAUAGGCCCAUCAGAAAUCUUCUGAGCUAUCUCUUGCGAUCUGCUCUGAUACUUUGUCCAAAAGCAUAUGAACUUUUGGGAAAGA